GGCUCACAUUGAUGACGUACAUGUGGACUACCGUCUUGUUGAAACCUGGUUGAAACUUGACAGCUGAGACACAAAUGCUUCAAAAUGAGCGCGAUAACAACGUAACAAACAUUUCAAGCCUAGCUUUCUUCAUAUCAACAUGAACUAAAAAAACUAUUGACCCUUCUGCUCAUGCUGCGCCAGUUUUUUACGGACUAGGAGCUGUUUUACAGGCAUCAUGUCGUUUCUGGUGGACUCAGUCAUCAUGUUCACCUCUCAGGUGCUGUUCUUUGGAUUUGGGUGGUUAUUCUUUAUGCGGCAGCUGUUCAAAGAUUAUGAGGUGCGACAGUAUGUUGUCCAGAUGGUUUUCUCCAUCACGUUUGCUUUUUCAUGUACUAUGUUUGAGCUUAUCAUCUUUGAGAUCCUGGGUGCCUUAAGUAGUAGUUCUAGGUAUUUCCACUGGAAGCUGAAUCUAUAUGUGAUACUGCUGGUUUUAAUCUUUGUGGUGCCUUUCUACAUUGGGUACUUUGUUGUCAGUAACAUACGCCUGCUGCAGAGACAGAAGCUUCUGUUCGCCUGCAUGGUUUGGUUUACCUUCAUGUACUUCUUCUGGAAGUUGGGAGACCCCUUCCCCAUCCUGAGUCCAAAACACGGCAUUCUGUCCAUUGAGCAGCUAAUCAGUCGAGUUGGUGUCAUCGGAGUCACGCUUAUGGCCUUGUUGUCCGGCUUUGGUGCGGUCAACUGUCCCUACACGUACAUGUCUUAUUUCCUCAGAAAUGUAACAGACAGUGACAUUCUUGCUCUGGAGAGGCGGCUGCUCCAGACGAUGGACAUGAUUGUCAGCAAAAAGAAACGAAUCGCAAUGACACGGAGGCAGAUGUACCAGCGUGGAGAGGACCAGAACACACAAAGAGGAUUCUGGGGCAUGAUCAAAAGUGUUACCUCAACUCAAACAGGCAGUGAAAUAGACCUUUCUCUGAUCCAGCAGGAGGUUGAUGCUCUCGAGGAACUGAGUCGACAGCUCUUUUUGGAAACUGUGGACCUCCAAGCCACAAAGGAACGAAUCGAGUACUCGAGGACAUUCCAGGGGAAGUACUUCAACUUCCUGGGCUACUUCUUCUCCAUCUAUUGUGUUUGGAAGAUCUUCAUGGCCACUAUCAACAUUGUGUUUGAUCGAGUUGGAAAGACAGAUCCGGUUACAAGGGGCAUUGAAAUCACAGUAAACUACUUGGGCAUCCAGUUUGAUGUUAAAUUUUGGUCCCAGCACAUCUCUUUCAUCUUGGUGGGAAUAAUAAUCGUCACAUCUAUUCGUGGCUUACUCAUCACGCUCACUAAGUUUUUUUACGCAAUUUCAAGCAGCAAGUCGUCCAACGUCAUCGUGUUAGUCCUCGCUCAGAUCAUGGGGAUGUAUUUUGUAUCAUCCGUGCUGCUCAUGCGUAUGAGCAUGCCGCUGGAGUAUCGCUCCAUCGUGACAGAGGUUCUGGGAGAGCUGCAGUUUAACUUCUACCAUCGGUGGUUUGACGUCAUCUUCCUGGUCAGCGCCCUCUCCAGCAUCCUCUUCCUUUAUCUCGCGCACAAGCAGGCACCAGAGAAACACAUGGCCCUCUGAUCCCCAUGCUCCUGGGAGGACUUUGAAUCUGGUAUUACGGCACAUCCAGAAUGAGUUUGUUUUAAGCAUUGGACAUAAUUAUCUGGACUGCCUGUUCCUGAAUCAGGAACGGCUGUUUGUUAGAGGUAGGUGAUGGAGCAAAGGAUGAAUAAACCUUUAAAGACCACUUCCUUAAUUCAAGUAUUCACAGAACAAAAAUCAUACCUUUAUGUGAUUCACCAACGAAACAAAACAUUGUUCUUUGUGCUCUUAAACUUUUUACUACUUUGGCUUAAAGGGUUUCUCCUGCAGUCUAAACACACUGGAGCCGGACUGUUCUUGGCACAUCUCCACUUUAGUGCAUAAAUCGACUCUUUGAAGGAAAGAUCAACAUGUUGUGUGAACUUCAUCCUGAAGACUGUUGUGUGAUUUUAUUGGGAACAUAAACAUAUACAAAGACGUACGCUGAGUUCAGAUCGUAUGUGUUUAUUUGUGUUCAUGAAGGUUGUAAUUUCAGAAAUGAAAAUAAAAAGUUAAAUUUUCAGAACAUUAAA